AUGUUUAAGAAUUCAAUGCCAACCUUAGUACUGCCUAAUUUUCACACGAAUUCGGAAAACUGUCUUACAUAUCGUGAUUCAUUGGACAUAGAUUCGAAUCUCCCAAGUUUACCGCCAGUGUCCAAAUGGAAUUAUGAAGACUCUACGGAGUAUCUUUCAAAUAUCGAUUUGAAGAAUUCAGUCUCUAGUUUAAUCAGUGAUCCAGUGAUACCUAGUCAUAUUGUUAGUCAGUAUCAUACUACGCAGACUUUUUUAAACUGCAGCAAAUACUCAUUACCAACACUUCCACCGCUUGGAGAUAGUGGUUGUCUUAGUUUAACUGAUGAAACUAGCAUAAUCAAUGUGAAACACUCAACAUCUACACCUGUACAUACAUUGAAUAGUGACAAUACUCCAUCAACAAAUGUUAGUACAACUACAGUUAGUCCAACAAAUACAGACAGUUCAGAUCAUUCUAAUGAAGCACAAACAACAACUGUAACACCGAAUAAAAUUCGAAGAAAUCUACCGUCCACAAGUGAAUACUGUACUGUUUCUCCUACUACUUCUAUCAAUAGUAGUAGUCAGAUGAUUGAACAACAAAAUUUAAGGUCAAUUCAGUAUAUAGAAGAAAAUCGAACACCUAUUGUAAAACAAACUGCAGAAAAUAAGAAAAUCUGCGAUAUUGCCAACUCAGCUGGCACUAAAAAUAUACAACAAGAUGAAGUAAAUCUGGAUGAAUCUCACUCUGAUAGUGAACUUAAUCUGAGUUCAGAAUCAGUGAAUCGAAGGAAUAGAGCAGAUGUUAAAAUUCAACCAUACGCACUUCGUGGCAAUAUUGAAGUGUUUCGUUGUCCUUUAUGUUCAAAGGAUGAAAUAUUUAGUCGUGGACACUUAACCAAUCACCUACAAGACCAUCAAAGCAAUUUUAAACGUGAAGACUUUAAACAUGUCUGUUGUUUCUGUUUUAGUGAGCUGAGUUCAAACAGUUCACUUGAACGUCAUUUAUUAACCCAUACAAAUCAUCGUCCAUUCAACUGCAAUUUAUGUGAUAAAGCCUUCACAACCAAUGGUAAUCUAAGUCGACAUGUACGCACGUCUCAUCAAGUUAAAGUAACAAACACCUUUACUCCUACAACACCAUCACCGCCAUCAGCUAUACAAACAGUACCACUACCAGGACAACAACAACCACCAGCACUAUUACCUAACUGGUUCCAAUCUCCUAACAGCCUACAUACUUCACCAACAACGAAUGUUUAUUCUAAACUCAAUGCAUCAUUUCAUAGUGGACUAAAUGGAUAUCAAGAUACUUGUCACAUCCAGAAGUUACCAGUAAAACAAUUAGAAUUCAAUACUUACGAAUCAAGUUCAUCUAGAAGGUUACACUUUCAGCCGAGUAAUGAUGUUUUACAGAAAAUAGGAAACCAAUAUACAUCAACAGUUAAUUCAUUUCCUUCAUCUGCUUACUCAAACGAAGAGUUUAAUGUGAAUAUCAAGCCAUGCACAAGUAAUUUGUCCAGUUUGCCAUCUUUUUCGAAUGAACCUGUAAGUGUGGAACAAACAAAAUUUACUCCGGUUAACUUACAGGGACACAGAGGAAACUUCUUUCCUAAUGUUGAAUCUGAUUCUUCUUAUUCAGAAAAUAAGAAUUUAAGUGAUUGGUCAACACCUUACGCCAGACAGGAAGAACAUAUGGAAGACAAUGCCAACAAAUCUUCAGAAUCCUCCAGUUGGCCGACAUUUAAAGCAAAUACUACUCCAGGCCUUCUUCAGUUCUUUUCGAACUACUGGUUACAUUUAAGUAAGACCGGUAUUUUACACAAUCCACCUCAUUCUGGUUUGGAUGUACGAACAAUUAUUACUGGUUUACUUCCUUCAUUUCUAUCUGGGAAUAACGCAGCGAAUGGUACAUUUUCAUCAGACAUUAUAACAUCAUCACUUCCAAAUGAUGCAGGCAACAUAGGGGAACAUAUUACAAAGUAUACUUCAGAGUCACCAAGAAUUACUGUUUGUGAAAUCCCACCGGUAGUUAUAAGUGAAGAGGAAGAGAGAACAAAGGGAAGAUUUAAUGACAACGCUGAUGUGAAUCCUCAAGAAUAUGUUGUCUCUUCAUCACCUAAUCCAAACAUACAAAAUGGCAGUUUACACCUAAUGCAACCUAAAUUCUUUAAUGGGAUAAAUCAAUAUGCAAAACAGAAGUCACGAUCUAUGAAACUGCGUACUUUGAAGAACUUUUCGGUUCGUUAUAUUCUGGCUAAAAGAAGGAAAAGUCUCUCAGUGAUCGAGAAGAGGAAACAGUCGAAGAAAGUAACGGAAAUCAAAUUCAAACCAUUGAGUCCACCAUGUUUUAGUUGUAAACAAGAAGAAGGAAGCGAUAUGCUACAAUUUGAAUCCAGAGAUGAAGAUUUCCCACUCAAUGAAUCGCGGAAUUCACAUAGUUCCGAUGGGUAUGUUCUUACAAGAUAUAAUUCAAACGACCAAUCAGCUGAUUAUGCAUGUUCAUCCAAUAAUUUAUGCAACAUCUCUGAUAGACGAUCACCACCAAUCCUAUUUAGUUAUAACAGUGACAAUAACAAUGCUGACACCGAUUAUGACAUGGUGAAUAUUGCAGACCAGAAUUAUCUUCAGACAACAGAAUCAGUUCCUGAAAUACUUGAUCUUUCAUUACGUAAUAAAAGUCGAAUUGAGUUUAUAGAUAGCUACCAAAGUACCAGUGAACUUCAAACAUUUGGUCGACCAGAUACAUCCUUGAAUUAUUCUGAUAUUACUAAGACACCUGAUGUUUUUACUUCAAAUAAUACUCCUGGUAAUCUAUGUUCUUCAUAUACAACUGAUAUUUCUUCUCAAUCAACAAUAAAUAUGAAACCAUUUAAUCAACAGCUUGAUUUAAACAAUAUUCUUCAAGACAUUUAUAGUUUACCUAGAAUACAACAUAAUAAAACCGUACCUACCUCAGUUAAUGCUACAAAUACAACUAGUACUAUUAACAAACAUUUCAGCAUAUUGGCAAUGAAUUUACAAACUAACAAAUCAAACUCAAGUAAACUUCCUAUUCAUUCAUCUAUUCCCCCAACAAUAAUACAAAAAAAGAAUUCAUAUAAAGAUGCACCGAAAUUGAUUACUUGUCCUAUAUCUGGUUGUAAUCAAAAAUUUCCUUGGAAUAGUUCAUUAAAACGACAUAUUCUUACACAUACGCCCCAUAAACCAUUUGCCUGCACAAGAUGUACAAAAUCCUUCUCAACUAAAUCAAACCGUGAACGUCAUAUGGAACGUGUUCAUCGAGUCAGUUUGAAACGUCAACGUCAGCGUUUCAACCAAUCAAAUAUGAGUAUUCAAAGUCCAUCUAGUGGUGACAACCGUUCAGAAUUAAGUGGUCAUCAUUCUAAUUUGAAUUCUGUUAGCCGAACAACGACUGGUGAUAAUAAUGAACAGCAGCUUGAUGGUAUUGAGGAGUUAAGGGAGGAUGAAAUAUUAUCAAUGAACUCAAAUGAAAAGCAAGCAGAGGAUAUUAGUAACAGCCUACUGAUUCGAGCAGGUGAUCCAGUUGUAGAACCGAAUCCUGAAAGACUGUAUAACGCAGCACUAUUAGCAGUGGCAAAUUCUACCAGGACCGGUUUUACUGGUCAUUUAAAUAGCGUCUCUUCACCUAGUAUAAAUGAUGCAUCUCAGAGUAAUUUGCCGACUAUACCUAUUCGACUACGGCAGUCUGGUAGAGGUGGCAGACGACCCAGACGUAGUAGUAUACUGAGUAUGAAAACAAUGUGA